GCUCCAGGAGUAACUGCGCCAAUCCGGCCCAAGCAUUGACUCCUGUUGAGGAAGACUCUGGGAUCUGCAGAAUCAAACCAGGCUUUUCCCAGCACUGGUGGUGUGUUGGGGGCUGCCACUGACAGCUCUCUGCCUAUCCUAGAGUAAUCACACCUGUUUCCCUGCCCUGCCUGGUUGGGACAGCCAGACACUGUGGUUGCAGCAUUGAGGUGUGACACCAAUGGAAGGGAGCAGGCCCUGAUCCUCAGCUUUCCCCAAAAUGCUGCCAAGCACAAAAAUGGCCAGAGAAAACGACAGCAACUGCCUCAUCUGCCAGGACACUCCAAAGGAUGUGGCUUCUGCUCUGCCCUGUCACCACCGGUUCUGCCUGGGCUGCAUCCUGCGAUGGACACAGACAAAUCCAUCGUGCCCACUCUGCAGGACACUGAUAGAGACUGUCAGGUUUUCUGAGCGGGGUGAACAGGACUAUCUGCUGUUUGCUGUCAUCUCCCCUGAAGAGUCAUCAGAGACCAGCAGUCACACAGAGGCAGCUCCCAUCCUCCUGAAUGAAAACAGCCCGCAUGGCCCUCUGGUGUCCCCUGCACCUUCUCCACAGGGAACACUGUCCGCAGCUGAGCAAGGGGGUGCAGGGCAGGAGCCUGUGGGUGGCCUCCUGCCUGAGGUGUGGGCAAGACUGUUCCAACAAAGACAGCACCUCCUGGAUCCUGUGCGACCCUGGCUGUGGGAGAGGCUGGAGGCAAUAUUCCAGGACCAGUGGUGGCUAGUACAAGUUGCACAGAGCAGCAUCAUGCAUCAUCUCUGCCUCCAUGGUCUGAAUGUUCAGAACUUGGUCCAGACACUGCAGAACUGUUUUGGGGAGCACACAGCACCACUGAUCCAUGGCCUCAUCACUGUCAUUGUGGCCAAAUGCAGCGAGGAAGCCCAGAGGCUGCUGCUUUUCGGCAUUGGCAGGGAGGAGACUAACAGCCUUGUGGCCAGUGCCAGCUCCAGCUCCAUGUCCAGCAGCUCCAGGUCCAGCAGCUCCAGGUCCAGCAGCUCCCCGGAGAGGAUUUCUGCCAGCAUCCCAGCAGGAUUAAAUGUGGAGGAGGAAGCAGGAACAUCAGGGGCUGCCCUCCAAGGGGGUCCCAGGCACCGCCUCCCUGUGCUCAUUCCCACAGAGGGGGACCAGCCCCAGGAGGAGCCAGAGCAGGCAGUGUUGGCAGGUCCAUCUGCCCAGGGCAGUAUCUGCAGCCAGGUACAGGGCUGGGACCAGUCUCACAGGAAGUCUCGGUGUGCCCGGAAGAGGAGAGCCUCCAGCCCCCAGGGUUCUCCCCCACCCAGCAAGAGGCCAAGGCAGGCACCUGUGCAACCCUGAAGCCCUGAGGGGUUCUCAUCAUAGGAAGUGAUGAAACUUGGAUCAAGCAAGCCUAUGGUGACUUUGGGAAACAACUGCAUCUUCCCAGCUCUUGCUUCCAAGCAGUGCCUGGUGAAAUCCUAGUUGGGGCAGUCCUCUGGUGGUGGGAGUCUGAGAUGCCUCAGUAACUGAGAGAACCUGACACACUGAAAUGUAAGCACAUUUGAAAAUGUAGUCCCAGAUACAGCAGUGGUGCUGAAAUGAAGGCAUUAACCUUAAUAAAUUAACCUUUUAUACUCUAA